UGACCUUUUCCCUUCUUUUCAACUUUGAGUUCAACCAGGCUUGUUCCAUUCAGUCAAGAAUCGAACUGAAAAAGUUGAGGGAGGCAAGUUAAAUUUAGUCAGAUUCAAACAUACAGUCCAAAUCAACUUCAAAUUAUAUUGAUUUUCCCUUUCGUUUUGAGUAUGCAGUGUAUUCAAGUUAGUUCUGGAAAUCCAAGAACGGCAUGCCAAAUUGAAAGCUAACUGUACUUGAAGCCAUGCGUUUGAUGCUGUCAUAGGAAGGUAUAAAUCGGGAUAUCGUGAACUUAGAUCUCCUUUUUUGUUGUGAACGUGAAUAAUGGGGCCGAGGUGGAAAGGAAAAGGGGCAGAAGUUAAAGCUCUUGCAGAUCCCAUUUCAGAGAUAGUCAGCCAGCUCCAAUCUUCUCUGAUCAGCUCAAAUUCUCGAGGAUUGCUAUCUGGUAUGAGUGUGCUUCUUAAAGCAGAUGCAGAACUAACUGACGUCCUCAAUCGUGCAUGUUUUGGUAGGCCUAAGGUAACAUCAGAAAAGAAUGAGCAAUGGUUUCAGCUUUCCGUGGAAGAAGCUUUUUACCUUCAAUAUUCUCUAAAAUGCAUUAAGAUUGUUGACCACAAUGACACAGAACUGAACAGCGAUGAGUUAUGGAAGCAUAUGACAUCCAGGAAAGAAAAAUUUCCUAUCCUGUUCAAAGCUUUUUCUCACCUUAGAAGUAAAAACUGGGUGGUUAGAUCAGGCUCUCAGUAUGGAGUAGACUUUGUUGCCUAUCGUCAUCAUCCUGCUUUGGUACAUUCUGAAUAUGCUGUGCUCGUUUUAUCAGCGCAAGAUGGUAAUGCAAAUGGUCGCUUGAGGGUUUGGUCUGACUUCCACUGCACUCUUCGUCUUUGUGGUAGUGUGGCGAAGACAUUAUUAAUUCUCGAUAUUGAGCAACAACAAAGUUGUGCAGCUUCUCCAUCGUGCUUAGAUAAUUAUGUUGUUGAAGAGAGAACAAUCACAAGAUGGAGUCCAGAGCAAGGCCGUGAGAAAAAGUUAAACCCAACCCAAGUGUAAGGUAGAUUGACUGGUUCAAGAUUAAUUCCUACUUUAUCUUGUACUAGUUUAGCAAUUGUAUUGUGACUUAAAAGCACUACAAUUAGUACUCUGUAUAACUAUUAAUACUCUGUAAACAGCGUUUAAUUCCC